CGGGUUUACAAAGCGCGUUAUUACCCGAGGUGUGGUUUCUUUGAUGCAACGGAGGGUAGUAAUCCCUCUUACAUUUGGAAGGGUAUUAUGGCGGUACAAGGGGUGUUGAAGGAGGGGUGUAGGAGGGUCGUUGGGAAUGGGGCGGACACGAUAAUUGGUUUGGAUCCCUGGUUGCCAGAUGACAACAACCCAUAUGUGGAAACAGAGUUGCACCAGUCUGUCUUUAGAGCUCGGGUAACGUCUUUGUUGAAUGACCAAGGCCUGUUGAUCGCUGGACUUGGCAUUGGGAUCCGAAGGGGAUGUAUUCUGUUAAGUCAUGCUACAAACGGAUUACCAUGGUUGCCCCGGAUGAUCGGCCAUGGUCACGUAUAUGGAGUUUACAUGUUCCCCCUAAGGCUGGUGGCCGAAUCUGCGGUCCAUCUUUUUGUUAACUGUGCGGAGGCCAGGCGGGUUUGGAACCUAUUGGGUGUGCCACAGCUGAAUGCUUAUGCAGGAAUGAUAGUGUCUGGAAGGGCAGUGUGCAUAAUUCAGCCACGGUGGUGCAGCGUGCCCUAG